AUGGAAGGAGAAGGAAUGUUGUGGGAGUUCAAGCUUCUUCAAUUCUUCAAUUUACAGAUUAUCAAUGAUGCUUCGACCAGAGGAAAAUGCUAUGGCUUUGUUACUUUUAGGAACCCUCGGUCUGCAAUUCAUGCCAUCAAUGAGAUGGAUGGCAGGACUGUUGAUGGAAGAGUUAUCAGAGUAAAAGUGUGGACUAGAGGUGGAAGAUUGGGUUUUGGUAGAGACAGAGAAGGUUUUGGACAGAAUGUUGAGAGGGCAGGAACUGGGAUAGAGAUAGAGAUCAUGAGAGGGGUUGAUCAAGAAAGGGAUAGAAGGUAUGACCGUGAACGUGAUUAUGAUCAAGUAAGAGAUCAUUUCUUGGAUAGAGACCGUCAUCAAGACAGAGAUUUGGAAGAUGUCGAGCAAGGACAGAGCAGGAACCAUGAUCAGGGUUGGGAAAGAGAUGGAUGGUACAUCUCUUUGAGCUUGUUUCUACGGGUUCAAGUUUUUCUGGCAGUUUAUUGCAAGAAUGGUAGACAACUAUGA